AUGGAAAUUGUAAUAUAUCUGUUAAUAUUAACUUGUUCAAUUACAUUCUUUGAUCAAGUUAAUACUCAAAAUUGUAAAACUGAAGGAUGUCUCGAUAAUCUUUGUUGUUCACAAUUUGGAUAUUGUGGAAAUACACCAGAACAUUGUGGUGGUGGUAGUACAACAGUAUCAUCUUCAUCAAAUAAUCAAAUAACUAUACAACCUGGAGAUUGUAGAAUUUGUGGAUGUACUAUUUCCGGUGAUUGUUGUUCUCCAUUUGGAUUUUGUGGAAAUACAGCAGAUCAUUGUUCGAAUCAAACUGUUCAAACACCAGAAUCUGAUUUAAUUGCACAUACUCCGAAAGGUGAUUGUAGAAUAUGUAAUAAUUGUAAUAAUGUACAAAUUUGUUGUAACAAUACUGGAUCUUGUGUCAAUGAACAAAACCAAUGUCUCGAUACUCUUUCUACACCUCAAACUUCAAAUGUAAACAAAUGUCAACCAGAUCCGUCAAAAUUCUAUAAAAUUCUUCAUAAUGAAUAUAAUAAAUUUAUUGAUUGUAAAGAAUUUUCCACUACUCCUGAUUCUACAACUGUUAUUCAAUGGUCAGAAAGUAAUACUAUCAAUCAAAUCUGGCAAUUUGUUCCAAUAAAUCAAGCAGCAAAUAUUUAUUUAAUAAUUUCUGCUCAGACAUAUAAAGCAUUAACAAUAACAUCAUCAAAUAAUGUUCAACAAUGGUCUUAUGAAACAGAUGAUUUGAAUAAAUUCUUUCAAAUUCAACAACAAAAUGAUUUAUGUCGAAUUGUUAAUAUGCAAACAAAUACAUCACUUAUUGUUGAUUCAAAGAUAAAUGGAAGACCAAUUCAAAUUUCUAGACAACAGAUUAUUGAAGAUUUUACUUGGAAAUUAAUUGAAACAACGAAUGCAUCAAAUCAUUAUUGGAAAACUUAUAUUGAUGAAAAUCUUCAAGAAAUAUGUGAAGAUAUAGAAAAUGUCAAAUCAAUAGAAAAAUUAACAUUACAAAAUUGUUUACAAUGGUGUUAUAAUGAAAAAAGAAAAGAAUUUUGUAUGUGGAAUUAUAAUGAUAAUGAUGAUCAAAUUGGUUAUUGUUUUGCGACAAAUCAAUGUCAAAAUCGAACAAAAAAUACUUCACAAAAUGAAAAAUAUCGAAUUUAUAUUAAUCGACAUGAACAAGAUAUAUUCUCAACUAAUGAUAAUGAUAAUGAUGAUGUUCCAGUAUUCGCAACAGCUCCAUUCACAAAUUAUAUUGAUUAUACAAAAUAUCUUUUAAUAUCAGCAAAUGAUUUUUCAAUUCCAUCUGAACCAUUACGUUGUAUUGAUUUAGAUCCUCAAAAACAACGAAUUGUUGUUUUUAAUGAAACAAAUGAAGGUAUUCGAUUUUGUGAUUUAUGUCCAAAUCUUCCACCAUUUAAUAAAUAUCCAGAUUAUUUUAUUAAUUCCGAACCAUUAAAACAAAUAGAAAAUUCUCGUUUUGAUCAAUGUUUUCUUUUAUGUGUUGAAGAUAUUCAUUGUAUUGGAUAUUCUUAUAAUGAAAAUAAUUUCACAUGUUUAACAUUUAAUCAAACAACAAUUGUUGGAACUAAUGGUUUAGUAUAUCGAUCACAAUGGAUAACUAUUCUUAUAAAACAACCAAUUGGAAUUAUUCAAAAUUGGCUUUAUACAAGAAAUACAAAAAUAGUUAGUCGAAUACUUGAUGCAAUUAAUCGAACUGAACCUGCUGAUACAUUUUUACAAUGUUUAAAUUUAUGUAGUAAUUCAAUAAUUCCUUGUCAAGCAAUAACUUAUGAUUUUCAAAUAAAAAUUUGUCAAUUUUUUGAAACAAUUACAUUAGAUAAUUAUAUACAAACAUCUUAUGGUUCAGUAACAGCAUUUCAUUUCUCUUAUAUUUAUGGAAAUAUAUCAAAUCAUUGGAAAUUUUUAUCCGAAGAUGAUCAAAAUAAUUUAAUUAUAAAAGAUAAUAGUUUAGAAACAAAUUCAAGUAAAUCAUGUCAUUUACCAACGGAUAAAUCAGCAACUGAAUAUGGAAUUUUUUAUAAUCCAAAUUGUUUAGUUGGUGGUGGAAAUGGUUGUGAUCAAAAUGGUUGUCAAUUAUGUUUAAUAUUUAAAGCGAAUUUUGAACAAAAUCUUCCGUUAUGUCCUUCAAUUACAUCUGAUGAUCAAAGUAUUGAAAAUGCUCAAAUUCAAAUUGAAAAUUGUAUGAAAAUUUGUUCAAAUCAAUCAAAUACUUGUAUAGGAUUUGAUUAUGAUCCAUCUACAACAACAUGUAAUUAUUUAUUUACAUAUUCAAAUUGGAUAAUUAAUAAAAGUAAUUCAAAAAAACGUUAUCUACUUACAUAUCCAUCGAAAACAUAUCAAUUUCUUCCUGAUUGUGAAUUAAUUUCAACCUCAAUUUCUCAAUCAUCAACAUUAGAAGAAUGUUUAAGUAAAUGUACAAAUGAUUGUCAAAAAGUAUCUUAUAAUUAUAAAACAUUACAAUGUAAAAUAGGCAAAUAUUCCACAGGAAUAUUUCGAGUUGAUUCUCAAAUUGAUUCACAUUGUUUUAUAAAAAAUUUGAAUGAAAAUAAUGAUUUAACAUCAAUACGUAUGGCAUUUUAUCGUUAUAUUGGUUUCGAAAUAAAAAUUCAAUCAAUUAAACAAAUUGAUUUUCAUUGUCAACAAGGCGAUUGUUCAAAUGAAUUAAAUCAAUGUUUACAAAAUUGUUUAGAUAAUAAUCAAUGUCAAUAUAUAUCAAUAACAUAUACAAAUAUAAAUACAUUUCAAUGUAAAUUAUUUCAAAAUAAUAUUAAUGAAACAAAUGAUUUUCUUCCAAAUAAUUCUUCAGAAAUUUAUUAUCGAUAUUUUGAUAUUAAUAUAAAUUUAUCAAAACUUGAUACAAUGCCAUUAUUUCAAGUUGAAUCAGAUUUAGCACAAUGUUAUGAUCAAACGCGAACAAUUAAUAAAUAUCAACAAACAUAUUCAUCAUUAAAAGGUUAUAAAGAUUCAUUAGAAAUUUCAAAUAAUGAUACUCAACAAAUAAUUUCAACUAAUUUAAUAAAACGACGUCGACGACGACGAUCAAUAUUUUCUGAUAUUGGAAAUUUUUUCAAGAAAAAUAUUAUUGAUCCUGUUGUUGAUUCUGUUAAAGAUAUUGUUGAAACACCAAUUAAAAUUGGUAAAGCUAUUGGUGCAGCUAUAUCUGGUGAUACAGAACAAGCAAAAAAGGAAAUUCUUGAUAUUGGAAUUGUAAAAGAUGCAAUAAGUUUAGGAGAAAAUGCUGUAGAAUUUGGUAAAGCAUUAGGAAAAGGUGAUUUAGCUGGUGCUGGUGAAGCUUUAUUAAAUGUUGGAGCUGAUGCAUUAAGUUUUGUACCAAUUCCAGGAGGAAAAAUUGUUGGAAGUAUUGGAAAGAAUGCAAUUAAAAAUGGAGUAAAAGAUAUCAAAAAAGAUUCUAAACCAACAUCAAAUGAUAGAAAAGAUGAUGAUAAUAAAAGAUCGGAAGAUGAAAAUAAUAAACAAUGUACUUUGACACGUCGAAAACGAGCAGAUGAUACUAUUAAACGUAAAUGUGAUGAUGAUGAUCAACAAAAAAAUCCCAAAUGUCAAAAACCAAAGAUAACAUUUUUAUUAGAAAGUGGUGAUUGUGAUAUGAAAUCAAUUGGUAAAAAAUGUGAAUGGAUAUGUAAAGCUGGUUAUAAUGAAUCUGCUGAAAAUGGUGCAUCUUGUGAUCGACAAAAAACUAAUAAUAAGAAUGCAGUAUGGGAUCCGAAACCAGCAUGUAAUGCUCAACAAUGUGGUACAGGAAAUAAUCCAUAUAUAUCCGUUGAAACAGAUGGAAUUGUCGCUUUUACAAUAUAUUAUGAUAAAAAACGAAAAUUACCUAUAUGGUCAUUUUCUAUUCAUGAUUCAAAAAAUCGUGUAACAAAAAAUAUAAAAGCUGAACGUGGUGGUAGUUUUUAUAAACAUCCAUGUCCACAAUUAAAAUCAGAUCAACCAUCAGAUGAUCAUUAUACAAAUUCUGGAUAUGAUCGUGGACAUUUAACUCCAUCGGAUGCUCAUCGAUAUUCAGAAAAAGCAUCAAAAUCUUCAAAUUUUUUUAUUAAUGUAGCACCACAAGAUCCAUUUACAAAUCAAGAUUUCUGGAAAAAAAUUGAAGGACAUGUUUUAUGUCAUAAUAAUAAAUAUCCAGCAAGUUUAGUUGCUACUGGUAUUUGUCCUGAUUCAAGAGGUCAAACUCAAUCUCUUCAAAAACUAGAUAUUCCAAGUUGUUUUUGGAAAAUGAUUUGUUAUAUUCGAGAUGGUAAAACACAUGUUGUGGGUUUUCUAUCGGAAAAUAAACUCAUUGAGGACAGACAUAAUGCAGAUUAUAAUCAAACAAAACAAACAAUAUUUCGACCUGUUUCUCAACAAACUAUUCGAGAUCUUUUAAAAAGUGAUGCUAAUUAUGCGAAAAAUCCAUUCGAUUCAACUGUAUUAUCAAAAUCAAAUAGAGGUCGUGGAACAAUUUUAGUUCAACCUAGUUUAUGUGCAAAUGCCUUAUCAUUAGAUCAAACUGAAUCUGAUGCAUGGUAUAAUGAUUUUGUAGGUAUUAAAAAAGAUGCAACAAAAACAAAAAGACAAGCAAGUGAUAUUUUUAAAUCUCGAGGAUGUUCAGCAUCAGAAGCUCAAGCAAUGGCAUUAUUUAUGGGUCUAAAAUCACUUGAUAUAGAUGAUGAAGAAGAUAUCGUACCAGAUGAUAAGAAUAAUGAUGAUAGCGAUUUAGGAGAUGAAGAUGAUGAUGGCGGGACGGAUGGUCGUCCACAAGCAGCUAAUUGUGGUAAACGAAUUAUUGGUUAUUAUCCAAGUUGGGGAACAGGAAAAGUUUCAGCAAAACAUAUUCGUCGUUUAACACAUAUAAUUUAUGCGUUUUUUGAAGUUGAUUCAAGUGGACAAGUAUUUCUUGGUAGUGCUGAUCGUACACAUAGUGCUGAUGUACAAAAAGAUACAGAUAUUGCGAAAAAACGUUUAGAACAUUUAUUAAAAUAUAAACAAACCUAUACGGAACAAAAAUAUAUGUUUGCAGUUGGCGGAUGGGAAAAUUCACAAUAUUUUAGUUCAAUUGCUCAAUCACCUGAUAAACGUCUUCGAUUUAUUGCAUCAUCAUUAAAAUUAAUUGAUGAAUAUGAUCUUGAUGGAAUUGAUAUUGAUUGGGAACAUCCAGUUACAGGUGGUGCUGUUGAAGGUAUUAAAGAAGAUAAACAAAAUUAUGUUUUAUUUAUGAAAGAAAUUCGACAAGCAUUAGAUCAACAUGGUGGAAAUGAAAGAAAAUAUUUAUUGUCAUUUGCCUCAGCUGCUGGACAAUGGACACUUGAUCCAGGUUAUGAUCUUCCGGGAUUAUUAAAAUAUGCUGAUUUUGUUAAUAUAAUGACAUAUGAUUUCUUUGGAGCAUGGGAAUCAAAAUGGGGAGCAUAUACAGGUCCACCAGCACCACUUUAUUUUGGAAUGCCACCAAGAUUUUCUGGUAAAACAAAUGUUGAUUGGACAAUUAAAUAUUAUAUGUGUAAAACAAAUCAACCACAUCAAAUAAAUAUGGGUGUACCAUUUUAUGGUCGAUAUUGGAAGAAUGUUCCAAGUGAACCAAUAGAUCCUACAGAUGGUAUGUGGCAUAAAGCAAAUGCAGUAAAUGGUAAAUUUGAAGGUGGUUAUGCGCCAUGGAAUGAAAUUAAAAAUUCUUGGUUAACAAAUCCAGCUUAUAAACAACAGAAUCAUGAAAAAUCCAAAUCAUCGUAUGCUUAUAAUGCUCAAGAAGGUAUAUUCUUAGGUUUUGAAUCACCUGAAUCAUUACAAGAUAAAGCAAAAUAUGCUGUGGAUAAAAAUGUUGGUGGAUUAAUGAUAUGGGCAAUUGAUCAAGAUGAUGAUGAUUUAACAAUGAUGAAUAUUGUAUCAGCAGCUCCAUUAUGUCAAAAUACGGAUCCAAAAGCAACAUUUUAUAAAUGUUCACCAUUAAAAGAUGAAAAACGUUGGUGGACAUUAGAAGAUAGUGAAGAAAAUGCUGGUAUGUGUGGUCGAUCAGCACCAUUAUAUAAAGGUUAUUAUCCUGUUUGUGAUCCUGAUGAUCCGGGUUAUAGUUGUUGUAGUCCUGAAGGUUUUUGUGGAUUUUCUGAUAAACAUUGUAAAAGUCCUGGUGUAAAUUAUGGUGAAAAUCCUGAUCUAUUAGUUCAAGAACCUGUUCGUCCAACAAUCAAUCCCAUUUUAUGGUAUACACUCGAUGCACCUGAUGGUAAACGUGGUCGAUGUGGACGAGAUGUACCUAAACUUGAUAAUGGUGAAUAUCCAAUAUGUAAUCCUGAUGAUGCUAAUGGUCAUUGUUGUUCGAAUGGUGGUUAUUGUGGAACUGGGAAAGAAUUUUGUGAAUGUGAAGAAUGUAUUGAUUUCAAAAAGGAUCUAAAGUUUCGAUUUAAACCAAAACAAUGGACUGAUGAUGGAAAAUGUGGUAAAAAUGCUCCACAAGUCAAUGGUCAAAUGGCUAUUUGUAAUCCUGAUUCUAAAACAGCAUAUUGUUGUUCAGCAUCAGGUUAUUGUGGUUCAGGUGAUGAAUUCUGUAAUUGUAACGGGUGUGUCAAUUAUAAAAAUAAAAAAUAA